AUGCCCACAUCUAAUCUUCUCUACUUCAACGUUCGUGGUAGAGGAGAAUUGAUUCGACUGGUACUGAAUGCUGCAGAGAAGGACUUUGAGGAUGUACGCGUAAGCAACGCCGAGUGGCCCUCGCUAAAGCCUCAAAUGCCCUUCAACCAGCUGCCUGUGUUGGAGGUUACCAAAUCAAAUGGCGAGAAAGUUAUGCUCACGGAGAGCCUGGCCAUCGCCCGCUUACUAGCUCGUACUUUUGGCCUAUACGGUGAUGACGCUGCAGAAGUAUACCUCAUUGAACGAAUGAACUCCCUCGUAAGUGUAUUGGUCCUCUCAACCAUUUCACAAUCUAAGAGUGAAUCCAGAACAUCUUGGAUGGCGAUCGAAAUGGCUCUGAAAGAACGAAAAAACACAUUCAUCGCCGGCUCCCAGGUCACCUUGGCCGAUCUGCAAGCAAUAGUUCUGCUUGAUACAAUGGACAAAUUUCUCCCAAAUACAAGAUAUGAGUGCAGAGAUGAACUGGAAAAAAUCAAGGACAACGUUAUCAAAGCAAAGCUCGGAAUCGCCAGAUACCUGCGUUCACGCCCAGUUACUGAUUUCUAA